AUGGCUGCCUCUAGGAUUCUUCUGGUCCUGCUCUCAAUAGCCCUGCUGGCCCUGACCUCAGCUCAAACAGCCAAUGAAGAUGAUGAAAAUUCCUUUCAAGAGCAAGAAGUCCUUGAAGCUGAAGACAACAACCACCACCAUGGUGAUCUACACGCAGCACUAGAUGAAAUAAAGAACCAUUAUCAAGAUGAACGAAAUCAUCAUGGUAGGGCAACCAUCAAGUCCAAGAGAGAAAAGAAUGGCCAACGUCGUAAUCGAAACUCUGGUGGUGACAUGUUGGGAGGCCAGGAUCCUCAGAGUGGAAAUCAACCAGGAGGAGGUGGCCAAGGAGGUCGUGGUCGCAGUGUUCAAAAAGGCCAGAAAGGAAAAGGACGCCAGAAAGACCAGAAUGGAAAAGGUAGCCAGAAAGAAAAAGGUGGCCAGAAAACGAAGCGUGGAAAAGGUGGCCAGAGAACCCAGCAGGGUCAGUACAACAGCAGUCCCAAUGACCAAAGAAAAGGAGAACCAACUAAUGAUGGGCUCCAAUGA